AUGCCGUUGCAGAUUUGCAUUCCGCUGCUGGUUGCAGAUCAAGCCAAGAUCGGGACGGCCUUUGGUGUUUGGCGAGCGUUCAACAAUUCCGGCUCAACGAUCAUGGACGUCGUCUUUGGCGCCCUCCAAGAUAGCACCGAAGGCAAUGGUUAUUCGAAGGUGCUUAUCGUUGCUAUCGCGAUCAAAGCCUGGGCGUUUGUGUUGGGACUUUCGUACAUCUUCAUCGACUACAAGUUUCUCGGCAAGGGCAUGACUAUGACGAGGAAGCAGAGAGAAGCUAGGGAGUCUCAAAUUGUUGACAAAGAGGCUGAUCCCCUGACGAGACGAACCUCGAAAAAGUGGUUUACUACUCUCACAUUCGGGCUGUUGCUUGCCAUCAUUGCGAGCGCAUGGGCCGUUUUCGUGCGGUACUUGAUCUGA